AUGAAUAUCAAUGAUCCCGAAGCUGUCAAGUCUCUUCUCGAACAACUAAGAUCUUCGGAAGCGUGGAGAGAAGUAGCUGCAUCAGCAUCGGAAAAUACCUCAUGCAUUGUCACUCGAAUCCCAGACAUACAUCCUGAGCUACUCGCUCCAACAGAAUUAGGAGGCUCAGUUGCGUCUUUGCUGUCGCAACUAAAGGCACCCACUCCUGUUUCCCCGCCAGCGCCGGCGCCAGUCCCGCUAACUAGAGAUGUGAUACCAAACACUGCUGAACCGUCGUCUGCCUCUCAAUUGUCAUCCCAACCUUCGCGCAGACCUAUUUCACAAGUGCAAAAUGUAAAGGACAACAGGAGUUGCACUUUCCAGCAGGCGCUUCCUCUCCUUGCCCAAUUUGGAGAUGAUGCUGGGUUAAUUGACGCUCUCUUGAAGAUGAAAAAUGAACAAGACGAACUUGAGCGACGUCUUUCGACCGACCGUUUUGCCAUUCAGAAGGGAUACGAGGAAAAAGUCAAGAUUGCUAAGAUCAAGGCGGCCAUAAUUGGAACGGUGCUCUCCAAACAUGAGGCAGAGAAGAUAGCCGAUUCCUUCAAAAAGGAUCUCUACAGAUUUGAUCACGAGAAGGUUCUUCCGAUGUGGGAGGGUUUGAUUGCAAGACAACAGACCGAACUGGCGGACUUUAGCAUCCCUGCAAUGUUUGUGUCAAACGAAAAAAACGAUCGACAGGCAUGUAAACUUGAAACCCUGCCUCACUCUCGCUUAGUUUCUCCCUAG